AAGUAUGUAUUAUAACAUCGAAGUACAAUUUGAUGCCACAAUGGAUUGCUAGUCAACAAUGAUUAUUUCCAAGGAUUAUCCACCUAAACGGAUUAUUUCUUUGUGUAAAUGGUACUAAGUUUGAAGUGUUUUAAAGACGCUGGACAUUAUUCGUCUUUGUACUACCUCAUAAGGAUGAUUCAUUUUAAAAGCAGGACCAAGUUUUAUCCACGAACAAAUGAAGAGAUUGUGAGAUUGCAUGUCCCCGACGAUAAAGUAAAGUGGGAUGUUACUUGGACGGAGUACGCGCCUCCGUCGUACACCUCAGAUAACAUUAGAAAUCAGACAUGGGCUGAUCCACCAAUAGGAGCCGAAGGUUUUAAUCCCAAAUGGAACGAAAUUGAUGGCAACGUGAACAGAGAAAGUCAUCAAGGAAUGUAUAAAAUACUAAAUGGUGUACCUUUGAACAUCGUUGGCCGAACUGGUCUGUGUGGGCGCGGGUUGUUGGGACGGUGGGGUCCGAAUCAUGCUGCUGAUCCUAUCGUUACCAGGUGGAAAAGAAACACUUCUAAUAAUCGGGAGCUACACAGUGUCUCGCAGAAACAUGUUCUCCAGUUUGUAGGCAUUCAGAGGCGGGACACCAGAGAGUGGGCUUUACCAGGUGGCAUGGUUGACCCUGGUGAGCAAGUAACCACCACGUUAAAGAGGGAAUUCAUGGAAGAAGCUCUUAACUCAUUAGGUUCAAGGUCUGCUAUUCAGUCUGAAAAAAUGAUUGAUGAAUUUUUUGCUGGUGGUAAGGUUAUAUUCAAAGGUUACGUGGAUGACCAUCGCAACACAGACAAUGCGUGGAUUGAAACUGUUGCUUCGAACUUUCAUGAUGAGCAAGGCACGUGUGUUGGUGUUCUGCCAUUCUGCGCUGGCGAUGAUGCAGUUAAUGUAAGGUGGAUGGACGUGGACAGAAACCUUUCUUUGUAUGCAAGCCACAUUGAUUUAAUUCAUAGAGUGGCCGAAUUACACAACUGUCAUUGGUGAUUGCAUGUGAAGUGAAAGAUGUUUAGUUUUUAUACAUUAUAAAAAGUUGUAACAAAGAAGCGUAUUUGUAACUUAGUUAGUUUGAGGGCCUUUAUUGUUGGUCUUGCAUCACUCAAAAUAAAUUAAAUUCUUUCAUUAUUA